UUCCUCUCGCUCCAUCAGGACAGCCACUCCGACAGCUCCCUAUGAAGAAGCUCAAGAGCACAUUGUUUAAAUCAUUCAAGUUUAAAGUUUAAAUAGAUCUCUAAUCCAAUUUGUGUGGAUGCAAUUUCCUUGCAGAAAACAGAUUAUUUCUCUCCAGGCUGCACUGCUUAGCUACCCACCCAAAAGUUAGCAAAGCAGAGGAAUGGUCUGUGUGCUGCUGAGAGGCACAGAGAAAGCUUCCAAUCAGCCUGCUUCCUUCCUAAUUGCAAACUUUCAAACCCAGCUGAUUUUGCACGUCCUACUAACAAUUAUAAAUAGCUGCCAUUCAAAAUAGCAGAAGAGUGAGCCGAGCAGCUUGCUUUAAUGUAACAUCUUGCUGGCAGGUUCUACCAACAGUAAACAAACAGGAUCUGUAAAGCAGUUACACUGACAUCACACCAGCAUCAUCAGGGUUUUGUGUUUUUAAUAUUGCAGCAGUGAAUUUUCAUAGAGAACACAUGAUUCUUCCUCCAGCAAAGAUCAUGUUGGGAACUCUCCGUCUUGUCGGUGUAGCAUAUCGCAUAAGGCUUUCUUGUUUCUUCCAGCAAGUCCCUCACGCCAUAGUAUCUCCGAGUGGAGGAUGCAGAGCAUUGCCAGGGAUUCAGAUGACAGCUCAGAUGAUGAAUUCUUUGAUGCACAUGAGGACUUGUCUGACAAUGAGGAAAUGUUCCCGAAAGAAAUAACCAAAUGGAGUUCCAACGAUCUGAUGGAUAAAAUUGAAACUCCGGAAUGCGAUGAUGUCCAGGGUGACCUGUACCACGAGACAUCAGCAGAGUACCACGUUGGCUCCAGUGUGGAGAGGCUCAGCAUCAUCGAAGAUGAAUCAGUGCAGCCAUUAAUGCAGCCAAGUAAAAUCCAUGUCCUCCUCUUGGUACUCCAUGGAGGGAACAUCCUGGACUCAGGAAGUGGUGACCAGAGCUCUAAGCAAGGGGAUGUCAACACCAUCACCACAGUGUUUGACACAGUGAUGAGGGUACAUUACCCAGCUGCUCUUGGCCACAUUGCCAUCAAGCUAGUCCCUUGCCCAGCCAUCUGCUCCGAAGCCUUUUCCCUGGUGUCCAGCCUCAGCCCAUACAGUUAUGAUGAAGGUUGCCUGUCCAACAGCCAGGAUCACAUUCCCCUUGCUGCUCUCCCUCUGCUAGCAACAUCCUCCCCACAGUACCAAGAAGCAGUAGCCACAGUCAUUGUCAGAGCCAACCAGGCCUACAGUGAGUUCAUCAGAUCCCAGGAGGGCACAUCAUUCAAUGGCCAGGUCUGCUUGGUAGGGGACUGUGUUGGAGGAAUCCUGGGAUUUGAUGCCUUAUGCUACAGCAAUCAGACUGUGUCUGAGAGCCAGAACAGCAGUCGGCGAGGAAGUGUCGUGAGUGUCCAGGUAAUGCUGCUCCCAGUCUAUUGUUCCAGUGGCUCUAAUCUGGAAGCCAGCAGACACCUCAGCAGGAGCAACAUUGAUAUUCCUCGUAGCAAUGGAGAAGAUCCAAAGAAGCAGCUGCCACGGAAAAGGAGUGAUUCAUCAACCUACGAAAUGGACACAAUAAAGCAGCAUCAAGCCUUUCUAUCAAGUUUACAUUCUAGUGUUCUGAGAAACGACCCUGGAUCCAGGAGAUCUAGUAGCUCCACGAUGUUGGAUGGAGGAAAUAUUGGGAAGUUUGACUUUGAGAUCACAGACUUCUUCCUCUUUGGUUCUCCCUUGGGUCUGGUUCUUGCACUGAGAAAAACUGUCAUUCCAGCUCUUGACAUCUUUCAGCUCAGACCAGCCUGUCAGCAGGUCUAUAACCUGUUCCACCCUGCAGACCCAUCUGCCUCUCGCCUUGAGCCUCUUUUGGAGAGGAAGUUCUACCUUUUGCCUCCCUUUAACAUCCCUCGGUACCAGAGGUUCCCGCUGGGUGAUGGCAAUUCUGCUGUUUUGGUUGAGACAAUCCAGAACAAUCCCAUCCUCCUCAUGGAAAGUAGCCCUCUGGGUGCUCUCCAGCACCAGGACAGCUUCAUGGAAACAAGUAUCCCUGUGCCCGUACUGAAUUGGCAAGAUGGGUCCAAUAAAAGUGCUGGUUUUGCUGAGUCAGAUGUUGUUCAGUCUCAUGGUGGCGUCUUCGUGGAAAGCGCGUCCCUGUCCACCCCCAUUUCAGCCCCUCAGUUCAGGGGCUUCCGGAGAGCCAGUGAGAUCAGCAUUGCCAGCCAGGUCUCAGGAAUGGCAGACAGUUUCACUGCUUCCAACAUAGCCAACAUUGCUGCCAAGUGGUGGGGAACCAAACGGAUCGACUACGCCCUGUACUGCCCCGACGCCCUGACGGCUUUCCCGACAGUGGCUCUGCCACACCUCUUCCAUGCAAGCUACUGGGAUUUUCUGCUGAGACAGGUGAUGAGACAUGAGAACUCAAGUGUUUUGGAGCUGGAUGGGAAGGAGGUGUCUGUCUUCACCCCCUCCAAGCCCCGUGAGAAGUGGCUCCGCAAGAGGACACACGUGAAGCUCCGGAACGUCACAGCCAACCACAGGAUAAACGACACCAUUGCUAACGAAGAUGGGCCUCAGACCCUAACUGGGAGGUUUAUGUAUGGUCCAUUAGACAUGGUCACCCUCACAGGAGAAAAGGUGGACAUUCACAUCAUGACCCAACCACCAUCAGGAGAGUGGGUUUACUUUGACACAGAGAUCAGCAACAGCAGUGGCAGAAUUUCCUACGUCAUCCCCGAGAACCGGCGCCUGGGCAUCGGCGUCUACCCCGUCAAGAUGGUGGUCAGGGGUGACCACACGUAUGCAGACAGCUACAUCACGGUCCUGCCGAAGGGGACGGAGUUCGUGGUGUUCAGCAUCGACGGCUCCUUCGCCGCCAGCGUGUCCAUCAUGGGCAGCGACCCCAAAGUCCGCGCCGGAGCGGUGGACGUUGUAAGGCACUGGCAAGACCUCGGCUACCUCAUUAUCUAUGUCACAGGCCGCCCUGACAUGCAGAAGCAGAGGGUGGUGGCAUGGUUAGCACAGCACAACUUCCCCCACGGGAUCGUCUCCUUCUGCGAUGGGCUCGUUCACGACCCUCUGCGGCACAAGGCCAACUUCCUCAAGUCCCUCAUCACGGAUCUCCACAUGAGGAUCCACGCGGCGUACGGAUCCACUAAGGACAUCUCUGUGUACAGCUCCAUCAGCCUCCCACCCACACACAUUUACAUCGUCGGCCGACCCACCAAGAAGCUGCAGAGCCAGUGUCAGUUCAUCACGGAGGGUUACGCAGCCCACCUGGCCCAGCUGGAGUACAACCACCGCGCGCGCCCCGCCAAGAACACCACGCGCAUGGCGCUGCGCAAGGGCAGCUUUGGGCUGCCCAGCCAGACCGAGUUCCUGCGCAAGAGGAACCACCUGCUGCGAACCAUUUCCUCCCAACCUUCAGCCAGCGGCACCAGCUACCGGCCCGAGCGCACGCAGAGCCAGUCUGACAGCGACAAGGACAGGGAGAGGGAGCGCAGCCAAAGAAGCAUGAGCAUCGCCACGGGGUGCUGGGGCCGGAGUGCGGCGUCCCGGCUGGAGUCUGGCCUCUUGGGGCAGAAAUAG